ACCGUUUGCCUCCCUCCCAUCCACCACGCAUUUAAAGCAUCCAUCCCCUCAACUGAUCGCAUUCAUAUAUUACUACCCACCAAGCUCCAGUAGCGCCUUGCAGUCGCAGCCUUGAUCGAUUGAUAGAUCGAUCGGUUAAGAUGGGUGCGCAUCACGAUGAAGUUUCAUCAUUUCUUCCCAGGUCCGCAUCCGCAUUGUUCCCUCCCAUUGAGAAAUGCAGCUCCGAAGGGAGAACUAACCAAACGGUGGCCGCCGAUCUAGACGGCACGUUGCUCAUCUCUCGCAGUGCAUUUCCAUACUACAUGCUCGUGGCAAUUGAGGCCGGCAGCCUCCUGCGAGGAAUUCUCCUUUUAGCCUCCGUCCCACUCGUCUACAUCACUUAUAUUUUCCUCUCCGAAUCCGCAGCCAUUCACGCCCUCAUAUUCAUUUCCUUCGCCGGCCUCAAGAUUCGGGACAUCGAGACGGUUGCCCGAUCCGUGCUCCCAAAGUUCUACGCCGAGGAUGUACACCCCGAAGGGUGGAGGGUGUUCAGCUCUUUUGGGAGGAGGUAUAUUGUUACUGCCAAUCCUCGAAUUAUGGUGGAGGCCUUUGCAAAAACAUUUCUUGGGGCCGAUAAAGUGAUCGGCACCGAGCUGGAGGUGACCAAGUCAGGUAGGGCCACUGGAUUUCUCAAGAAACCGGGGAUUCUCGUUGGCCAUUUAAAGAGGACGGCUUUAGAACGCGAGAUCGGUGCCGAUUCUUCCCCGGAUGUGGGGAUUGGAGAUAGACCCACCGAUUACGACUUCAUUUCCUUUUGCAAGGAGGGAUACAUGGUGGCGUCAAAUAAAAAUGACCGGCCGGUGCCGCGUAACAAACUUCUGAGCCCAAUCAUCCUCCACGACGGCAGGCUCGCCCAGCGCCCCACCCCGGUUGUCGCGCUUCUAACCUUUCUAUGGAUGCCGGUUGGCUUCGCCCUCUCACUCAUCCGCGUCUACGUCAACGUCCCUCUUCCGGAGCGCAUCGUUUACCACAACUACCGGCUCAUGGGCAUCAAACUGAUAGUGAAGGGCAACCCACCGGCCACCGAUCCCAAAAGAGGACACAAGGGCGUUCUGUUCGUUUGCAACCACCGCACGGUCUUGGACCCAAUCGUCACUGCCGUCGCCCUCCGCCGCAAAGUCAGCUGCGUCACAUACAGCAUCAGCCGUUUCUCGGAACUCAUCUCCCCGAUCAAAGCGGUGGCUCUCACGCGGGAGCGGGGCAGGGAUGCGGAGUACAUCAAACAACUGCUGGAAGAGGGGGACCUGGUGAUCUGUCCCGAGGGGACCACGUGCCGCGAACCUUUUCUGCUGCGUUUCAGCGCUCUAUUCGCGGAGCUCACCGACCGGAUCGUUCCCGUAGCCAUCAACACAAAGCAGGGCAUGUUCCACGGCACCUCGGUCAGGGGAUGGAAGCUGUUGGACCCUUACUUUUUCUUCAUGAACCCGCGCCCAACCUACGAGAUUACUUUCCUCAACCAGCUGCCGAGAGAGCUCACUGUCGCGGGGGGGAAGUCCCCCAUUGAAGUCGCCAAUUACAUCCAGCGCGUUCUAGCCGCCACGCUCGGCUUCGAGUGCACCUCCUUCACACGCAAGGACAAGUACACCAUGCUUGCCGGCAAUGAUGGCCGCGUCACCUCCUCCAACAAGCCUGACAAGCUUGCCGUCGCUGCCUAGCACCUAAAUUUAAUCUCGAUAAACCCCGAUCAAAUUGUAUUCGUGGCCUCUCCUGCUACAACCUAAUCAUGCUUGCAUUAAUUAUUUGUCUUCUAUAUCAUUCUGUAUCUGAGAUCAUAGGUAAAAUUUGUGAAUCAAGUGUAGUGGCUUAUGUUCCAAGGAUAAAUUGAGAUGCGCUAAUUUUAUCCCCCAAUUAAUCUGUCAUCAUCAAACAAUUAAUAAAAUUCCAACUUGUUUUAUACCUAAA